AUGGGUAGAUUACGACGAUCGCGAGUACAUAAGAGCAUAAGAGAUCAAUAUAGAAAGUAUAGAACUCGUAAUUAUGCAAAAGAUAUUGAUCAAAUACAUGAAGAAUUGAAGAAAUUAGACGAAAAUGAAGCUGUUAUGAGUCAAGAAUUAGAUGAAGACCUGCCUGGCGGAGGGCAAUUUCAUUGUGUAGAAUGCGCUCGCCAUUUUAUAUCGGCUGAGGCCUUGGGGGAACAUAAGCGCGGGAAGAACCACAAGAAACGUGUGAAACUGCUCAAAGAGCAGCCUUAUACUCAAGCAGAAGCGGAAGCAGCAGUUGGAUAUACUACUGAGAAUGCUCGGAUAAAACUCAUGGAAGACGUUAUGUAG